ACCAUCUCAGGUCUCGUGAGAGCGUGGAGCGAAUCUUUGUUCCAGAAAAAGUAAUCUUUAUUUAUUAUUUCCCAACAAUCAAACAUGUAAGCGCGCAACAGCUAGCACACCGGAGCUCUCUCUCACACGGAAAUGGCUUCACAGAGCCUCAAAUCCACACCCAUUUUGCAGUUACUCUCCCUGUCACUAAUCAUAUCCCUUUCCGCCUUGGCAGAGGUUGAAGGAUUGGGCGUGAACUGGGGCACGGCGGCGUCGCACCCUCUGCCGCCGCAGAAAGUGGUGGAGCUGCUGAAAGCAAACAACAUUGGGAAGGUGAAGCUUUUCGACGCCAACCCACUUGUCCUGCAGUCUCUUUCCGGUUCCAAUAUUCACGUUACUGUAGGCGUCCCGAAUUCCAUGCUCCGCAGUCUCAACUCUUCUUUGAAGGCUGCUGAGAGCUGGGUCCACGAUAAUCUCACCCGCUUUGUGUCUGAUGGCGCCUCCAGGGUUCUCAUUGAUUAUGUUGCUGUUGGAGAUGAGCCUUUCCUUCAAAGUUAUGGUGAGCAAUUCUAUCCCUUCGUUGUUGGAGCAGCUGCCAACAUUCAAAUGGCUUUGUUCAAGGCCAACUUGGCUGAAAAGGUGAAAGUUGUAGCUCCCUGCAGUUUUGAUGCUUUCCUAUCAGAAUCUGGCCUGCCAUCAAAAGCACGAUUCAGGCCUGAUGUCAACAGAACCAUGAUUGAGCUCCUCAGAUUUCUGAACAGACAUCACUCUCCUUUUUUUGUAACCAUAUCUCCAUUCGAGAGUUACCAUGAAAACAAGAACUUUUCUCUGGAUUUUGCUCUUUUCAGAGAAGCAGCACACGCCCGAAACGAUAGUCACAAUACCUAUAAAAAUGGCUUCGACUUGAGCUAUGAUACCAUCAUCUCAGCACUAUCUACUGCUGGAUUUCCCCAAGUAGACAUAGUCAUUGGUCAGAUCGGUUGGCCUACAGAUGGCGCUCCAAAUGCUACUCCUUCUCUUGCCCAAGAAUUUAUGAGAGGCUUGAUCGACCACCUCCAUAGCAGAUCAACAAAAUCUUCAAAGCGCCAAUUGCCGGCAGAAAUAUACAUUCUCAGCCUUUUAGAUGAAGAUAAAAGAAGCAUAGCCACUGGAAACUUUGAGAGGCACUGGGGCGUGUUCACUUUUGAUGGCCAAGCUAAGUAUCAAGUUGAUCUCGGCCAGGGUUCAAGAAAACUGGUGAAUGUACGAGAUGUUCAAUACCUUUCUCCCAAAUGGUGUGUGGUAAACAACAACAAAGACUUAUUGAACACAACUGCACUUGCUUUAGAUGCAUGUGCUGCUGCCGAUUGCACAGCCAUCUCACCUGGCGGCUCCUGUUUCAACCUCAGUUGGCCUGGAAAUAUUUCUUAUGCAUUUAACAGUUUCUACCAGCAGCACGAUCAGAAUCCAGAGAGUUGUGAUUUUGCAGGCUUGGGAUUGAUUACCACUGUUGACCCAUCAGUAGAUGGCUGCAGGUUCUUCGUCGGAUUAAGGACAUCCCUUUCAAUUUCCUUACAGAAUUCUGCACGUUUCUGUUCGAUAAUUUCACCAAUGGUGACUGCAUUCUUGUGGUUACUAAAUCAAAGAUGAUAAGAAAUGUUCCUAUGCGGUACAGCAGAAAGUCAUUCUAUGUUCUGAGGUUCAGUUAAAAUUUUUUUCUUCUUCUUUUUGGUAUGUUUUGCAAAUUUUACUUUCCAUUAUUGUUCCUAUAAAAUGGUGCAUCAUUCUUCCACUGCCAUGUGUGGUUG